AUGGCCAAUGGCACACUUUUUAUGCCAUCAUUACUUUUGCUGAUUGGGAUACCUGGCCUGGAGGCUGUGCAGUGCUGGAUUGGAAUUCCAUUCUGUGCCAUGUAUGUCAUUGCCAUGGUCGGAAAUUACCUGCUCCUGUGGAUCAUCCUAUCUGAGAGCAGCCUCCACAAGCCCAUGUAUCUCUUCCUGGCCAUGCUAGGGUUCACUGAUAUUGCCCUCAGCACUUGCAUCCUGCCCAAGAUGCUGGGCAUCUUCUGGUUUAAUCUGAAGGAGAUCCACUUUGAGGCCUGUCUCCUGCAGAUGUGGCUCAUCCACACAUUUCAGUGUAUAGAGUCAGGCAUCUUAUUGGCCAUGGCACUGGACAGAUAUGUGGCCAUCUGUGAGCCCCUGAGACACACUACUAUUUUCACCCCACAACUUCUCACUCAGAUUGGGGUUGGGGUGACAUUAAGGGCUGCUAUCCUGGUGGCCCCAUCCCUUGUGCUCAUCAAGUGCCGUCUGAAACACUACCGAACCACAGUCAUCUCUCACACCUAUUGUGAGCACAUGGCCAUUGUAAAGCUAGCUGCUGAUGACACCUGGGUCAACAAAGCCUAUGGUUUGUUUGUGGCCUUUACCAUCCUAGGCUUUGACAUCAUCUUCAUUACUCUGUCCUACAUUCUGAUCUUCAUUGCAGUGUUCCGCCUACCACAGAAAGAGGCUCGGCUCAAAGCCUUCAACACCUGCAUUGCCCACAUCUUUGUAUUUCUUGAAUUCUAUCUCCUUGCUUUUUUCUCUUUUUUCACUCAUAGGUUUGGGUUCCAUAUCCCCCGCUAUGUCCACAUCCUUCUCUCUAACCUGUAUCUGUUAGUCCCACCUCUCCUCAACCCCAUUGUCUAUGGAGUAAAGACCAAGGAAAUUAGAAAUCGCAUCAUCAAAAUGCUGCACCACUAG